AGCGCGCGAUCCGGGGCUGGUUCUCCGUCGCACGAGAUGUCGGCCUCUAGCCGGCUCUUUUCCAAAAGGGCUCGCGAGAUUCAAGCCCAAGAGGGCGUCCCAGGUCUUCCCAUAAAUCCCUGGGGAGGACCCCCGACAAGCGGAAACUCGACUCCUCUCCGAGAGAACAUUCCCGAGUCUCCCACCGACGGCUUUCCAGAUUUUGUUCAGCUGCCCACCCCCGAAAGCAUGCCCCCAACUAGACGUGCUCGAGCUGGCACCGUGCCCUCGCGAUUUCCCGGAGGAAUCGGCAGCAAUCUUCUGGCUGUGCCUGGGGUGCCUGCCAAGUCUGCCCGCGUCACGCCCUCUCAGAGCCCCUUCAACAAGUCGCCGUCUCCCGGCCUUGAGCAGCCUGAGAGCAACAGCACCGGCCCCGGCACCUCGACGCUUCUCUCCCGGCUGCGUGCUGGGUCCAUGCCACAGCGCAGCCCCUUUGCCAACCUGCCAACAUCGGCUUCGCCUUUUGGUCCCUCCAUCUUCAGCAGCUGGAACCCCUCCGGCCUGGGCCGCGAACGAGGCUCUACUCUUGCCAGCAUCGCCAGCGUUGGUUCCAACGGCCCCAGCUCGCCCGCCCAGUCUCAAUUCUCCCGCGAGGGCGGCGGUGAAUCCGACGUGCAUAUGAGAACCUUGGAUUACCUUGGCCUUGCCGAGACCCCACAGCCUGCGAGAGCUCAGCUUGCUACGCCCUCCUACCUUUCCCAGUUUGACAUGACUCGACAGACCAGCCGCUUCCGUUCCUACUCCGUCAACAACAAGGACAAGUAUGCUGACGACGAGGACGACUAUGACAACGACAUGCCCAUGGAUAGCCAGUACGCCGCGCUGCAGGACCAGAUUGCCGCCACCCAGGCAGCAAUCCACAACCACAACAUGGCCGUCCGAGCCUACGCAACCCAGGCCACCCGGCCGCGUGCCCGCACGGCCGGCGUCCUGGAUACGCCAGGAAGCCGGUUGGUAGGAUCCUAUGUCAACAGCAACCCUGCCGCCGUCACCACCUCCAUGCCCCAGGCCGAGAUCCGCUUGCAGGAGGAGAAGGAGUACGAAGACAUCUCGCAGGCCGUCGCUGGCAUGAACUUGGGGCGGUCCAACAGCCGCAAUGCCGGUCAUCUGAACCCCGAAGAGCAGGGCCUCGAUGGGCCCACCAGCGCCCUUUGGCUCGGUGGCAUUCCCACGUCCACCACCACCUCUACCCUUACCGAAAUGUUCAAGUCUCACGGAUUGAUCCUCUCUGCUCGUGUGCUCACACAUAAGAACUGUGGGUUUGUCAACUUUGACCGAGUCGAGAGCGCCGUUUCUGCCAAGGCCAGCAUGAAUGGCAAGGAAAUCUUCCCUGGCGCGGGUCCCAUCCGGAUCAACUUUGCAAAGCCUCCCUCUGCCUCCAACACUCCGGGCCACGACGGAGCCUUCCCGUCGCCCAGCCCGGAUCCUUUUGGCAAGGCCCAAGACCUUGGAAAGGGAGCUUCGGCCGCUGGGCCGGGAGACAGCACCUCGACCGCUGCCGGAGCGCUCAACAGCGCCACACCCACGCUGCCUCCUCUGCGGGACAUGGUGCAGGAUAUCCUCGAAAUCGUCGGCGAAUUUGGCGCCACCGAGGAGGAUCGGGCUCGCAUUUCCCAGAGCCUGCAGUCGGCAGUCGAGUACGACGAUUACAAGGAGGAGAUUCCGCCCGUUCGAGAGCCAACCCAUACAAGGGUCCACGAUGCUCCCAAGCUCAGGGACAUUCGCAAGCGCAUCGAUAACCAGAUGCUUUCGCAAGCAGAGAUUGAAGGUAUUGCCCACGAGAUGCUGCCAGAGAUUGCCGAGCUUUCGUCCGACUAUCUUGGCAACACGGUCGUCCAGAAGCUGUUCGACCACUCCUCCGACCAGAUGAGGGAUGCAAUGCUCGCCGAGAUUGCGCCUCACCUGGCUGAGAUUGGCAUUCACAAGAACGGUACGUGGGCCGCCCAGAAGAUCAUUGACGUGUGCAAGACGCCCAGCCAGCUCUCGCUCAUCGUAGAGAGCCUUCGGCCCUACACCGUCCCUCUCUUCCUCGAUCAGUAUGGAAACUACGUCUUGCAGGGAUGCCUCAAGUUUGGUGCCCCUUACAAUGACUUCAUCUUCGAGACCAUGCUCGCCCGCAUGUGGGAGAUCUCGCAGGGUCGCUAUGGCGCUCGAGCCAUGAGGGCCUGCCUGGAGAGCCACCAUUCCACCAAGGAUCAGCAGAGAAUGCUGGCCGCGGCCAUUGCGCUGCACAGCGUUCAGCUGGCCACCAACGCAAACGGCGCUCUCCUGUUGACCUGGUUCCUCGACACCUGCACCUUUGCCAACCGCCGUCACGUUCUCUCCCCGCGGCUCAUCCCCUACUUGGUACCAUUGUGCACCCACAAGGUUGCCUACCUCACGGUGCUCAAGGUGAUCAACCAGAAGAACGAGACCGAGGCCCGAGACAACAUCCUGAAGCGUCUCUUCUUCUCUCCUAAUGACCAGGUCCUCGAGGCUAUCCUCAGUGACCAAGCCUGCGGAGCCACGUUCAUAUUCAAGGUUCUCACGACACCUUUCUUCGAGGAGACUAUGCGGCUCGAGGUUACGGAAAACGUCAAGAAUGUCCUGGUCAGAAUCAAGGCCCAGGCAAACCAGGGCUAUAAGCGGCUCAUGGAUGAGGUCGGCCUUUCCACCCGGACGGCUGGGCCAAACCGAGACGCCAGCACCCAUGCGGAACAGCGACAGAGACCAAACUCCCGACAG